UAUUUUUGCAAAGAGGAAAUUGGGGAAAGAAAGAACUCUCUCGAAGGCAGGAGAGGGAAAAAGCAAGACCGGGUCGGGGGAAACCGAUAGACUGAGCCGGAAGAAGAGCUUGGGACACGGAGAGACAAUGGGCUGGUGGUGGAAGGGGAAGACUGGCAGUCCAGACGGGCUGGAAAGAUUUUAAGAGCUCAACACUGGAGCUACGCAUUUUAAAGAGCGAGCAAGGUGGGGAAAAAGAAGAGAGAGAAAAGGAGACGCCGAAAAGAAGAGGACGGGAAAGGCAAGCAGACUCUGAGUUUGCCCGAGUAGAUCCGGCCGGCUGUUUGGAGAACUAAAAGGAACUCGGCGCGGUGGCGGCAGCAAUACGCUGAUUGCAACUGACAGCCCCUAUAGUUCGUUUCAAGAUGGCCGCUUGCCUCACAUUCAUUUUCUGCUGAACGACUUUUAACUUUGUCUUUUCCCGGCAGUUUCGGUCGUCCACCGGGAGCGGCUUUUCGCGGGCAGAUCUCGAUUGAAGAGGGACACUUCACGCAAUCUUGAGCUGACUGGGAAGGCGAUCGCUUACGAAACAAACGGGUCGGCGGGGGAUUCAAAAGCCACCUAGCGCUCCCAUUUUAUAGAGAGUUUCUUCGAAUUGAGCCAAAAUGCAUCGCACCACCUGCAUCAAAAUUACCGAGCUCAACCCCCAUCUCAUGUGUGUAAUCUGCGGAGGGUAUUUCAUUGAUGCUACCACGAUCAUCGAGUGCCUGCACUCCUUCUGUAAGACUUGUAUUGUGCACUACUUGGAGAGCAGCAAGUAUUGUCCCAUUUGCGAUGUCCAAGUUCACAAAACUAGGCCUCUUUUGAACAUAAGGUCUGAUAAAACUCUCCAGGACAUUGUGUACAAGUUAGUACCAGGUCUUUUCAAAAAUGAAAUGAAAAGAAGAAGAGAUUUUUAUGCUGCUCAUCCAUAUGCUGAUGCUGCCAAUGGCUCUAAUGAAGACAGAGGAGAAGUUGCAGAUGAAGACAAAAGGAUUAUAACAGAUGAUGAGAUAAUAAGCUUGUCUAUUGAGUUCUUUGACCAAAAUAGAGUUGAACAGGAAGGAAGCAAUGAGAAAGAGAAAGCCAAAGAGGAGGCCAAAGAUAAAAGAUAUUUACGCUGUCCUGCAGCAAUGACUGUAAUGCACUUGAGAAAGUUUCUCCGGAGCAAAAUGGACAUACCGAAUGCUUUUCAGGUUGAUGUCAUGUAUGAAGAAGAGCCUUUGAAGGACUACUACACACUAAUGGACAUAGCAUACAUUUACACUUGGAGAAGGUAUGGCCCCCUCCCUUUAAAGUACUGUGUGCGUCAGACUUGCAAGAGAAUGAAGAUUGGUGGCCAGCAGCACGAUGGCUUGCACAACAGCAGGGACCUGGAAAGUGACUCUGGCAGUGAAAAAGCCAGCAGCCCUGAAGGAGGCACUCCUUCCACUUCCUCCUGUGUGCGUAAUCAUAGCACUCCUGUGCAGUCUCCCCACCCCCAGUUCCCCCACAUCUCUAGCACUAUGAAUGGAACCUGUGGCAGCCCCAGCAGUAACCACCAUGCCUACUUUACCAACAGAACCCAAAAAGUGUCAGUCAACAGUUGUUCUGUGACUUCUUCUGGCUGACCUGUAUAAACUCUCCUUUCUGAUUCUCAAGACUGGAUGCCAAGGUUACAGGUUAUGGCUCUUUUUCUGCCCUUCGGUCUCUAUUGUGCCACACCAUUAAGCUUUAUAGUUACAAAUUCCACAAGUGUCUAUGCCUGAUGGUUAAUAAAAGAGUAAUAAUGAUUAGAUAUGAAAUGGGUGGACAAGAGAUGGACUUUUUUAUAUUAAACAACCACUGCAGCAAUAUAAAAAAAAUACCAAUCCAGAUAUUUCUGGAGUAUUUUAUUUUUUACUUCCAAUUAUUGAUCUGUUUCCUGAUUUGGAGUCAGACGUGUCUGUAAAUAGAUGGCUAUCACAAAUGAAACCCAAAUUUUGUAAAUUCAGAUUCAUUUCCUACAUAAUGUUCAGAUUAUGAACUGUGGUUCUGCUGUUUUGUGGACUCUCAUUGAAAGCAAGUGAUUUUUUUUCAUUCUCCACCUUGAGAUGUGAAAUGCACAAAUGCAAGAUUGAAUAUGCAUAAAAUGAUGCAUAUAUGUAGCCACACCACUAUGAAUAACAAUGCAUUUGCUUUAGUAGCCAUUUUGAUUUGUAGUUUGCAUCCAUGACUUUUCUGUGCAAUAGCUGAAGCCUUUAAAGACCAGAAAGGAAGGGAAGAGGAAAAUUGUAUGGAAGAAAAGGAAGAGGGACAGUCCAAGUUCAGAUUUAUAGCAGGUAUUGCCAUUUAUUUUACUGGCUGGUUUAAAGAAAAAAUUGCGCAAGAAAACAAGAUAAGCUCUUGUGGCAUUCAUUGUGAGCUUGUGGAAGAAUGCCAUAUUGUUAUAUGACAAAACAGGAAGCAGUAUUGUAUGACAUAUAUAUAAAGAAAAUAUUUUGUUUCAUGCAGUUUCGAUGAUGGUGGUUAAAUAAAUCCCGUUGGCUCAGCCCUCACAGAUGCUUCAUGUGGUGGGGGUAGGGGGAGUCCUGCUAAAGCAGCUACAGGUCCUUUGCCAUGAAAGUGGGAAAGCUAGUUUCCAUCUCUGCUAACCUGGAAGCAAUUGACAAUAUCAAAAGGAUUUCAUGGGCCUUGUCUGUUUCCCAGGAUGUUUACAUUUACUGAACAUACCGGUAAUUGUUUUUAAUGCUGGGGAGGGGAGGGCAAGGGAGGCCUUGGAGAAAAUGGAGGAACAUGGGAAUGAGUUCAUUUUAUAUGGGAAAGGAUAGGGAUGUGUGGUUAUUUUUCUCCCAGAAAGAAAAGGCACAAAAAUGCAUAUAAGAAGCCAUAAAGUAUACAGGAACCCUUUUCAUUUAUUCUUUCUAAAGAAACCAGUAAAUUGAGAUGAAGGCUUUUUAUCUACAUUUAAUACAUAUGUACAGUAUGUAUAUGGUACAGUACUAACUUGGUUAAAGAUUAACAGGCACAUUGAUAUUCUCCAAUGAGCUGCCUGAAAGCCUUUCUGGAAAAUAGUUUUCUGAAGAGAUCAGCUUUUUGAGGGUGGGUGGGAAGGCUUGAAAAUAUAAAUCUCUUGAAGAAACUUCAAUACCUUUCAGUCUCUGCUUUGCUUUGGUCAAAAUGAGUGUGUUGUGUGUGUGCAUGUGUGUGCUCGUUCUUCACUCAUCAGUUACACAUUUGUGAGAGUGUUUAUCCUAUAUGUCUAUUGUUUUAUGUUUCUACAGGGAUAUUGUAGCUAAGUAUUUCAUUUUCUCCAGUCUGCAAAAAAAGAAAAAAGCACAAUUCUAUGCUUUCUCUUGCUUACAGUAAUUAAAUAAUUUUACAUA